AUGAAGGAUCAGAAGGAAGCUCAAUGUUCAAUAUGCGGUGUAGAAAAUGAGGACCCAUUACUGUCGUGCUCUUCGUGUUGUUUGUCGAUGCAUCCUGAUUGCGUGGAUCUUCCAAAGCGAGUUAUUGAUGUUGCGCUUGGUUACGACUGGAAUUGUAUCGAGUGUAAAAAGUGCAUCAUCUGUUCGAAACCCGAUGAUGAAGAUUCUAUGCUUUUUUGUGAUCGAUGUGAUCGUGGCUUCCAUACCUUCUGUGUUGGUCUUACAAGCACUCCUAAAGGCUCGUGGAUAUGUACCGUUUACUGUUCAGAUUAUGCUGUGAAUGAAAAUUUGAAAAAUACGCUUGACGAAUGUAUUGCAAGGCACAAAUCAACAAGGAAAAAGAGCAUAAAUUGUGGCGAUAAUUUAUUAAAAUAA